AAAGUGCUGUAUUUUCAUGAAAACCAGUUAGUCUACCCUGUCAGGAAACAACAGGACAGAGACUUUCAAUAUGGCUACAAUCAAAUUAUUUCAUGGUAAGACACUCUACUUGACAAAACAGACAAUGCAUAAAGAAAUAGUAUUACUCUGAUGUGCUACGGUGAUUAUUAGUCAUUUUUAAUGCAUUGAUUAUGGUCAAUUUAACCGUUUGUUUUAUGUUGAAUUAGUCUGGCUGCUGAUAUUGUGAUUUUUAAUUCAAAGUUCAACCAGGAGUCAUUCCUGUCAUCUAUUGAUGGUUUUCUAAAGCUGAUGCCAGAUUAUAGACCAAAGGGCUUAAGUGACAAAAUCCGAUCUAAGUGCAAGGUGUUGUAUUACCCGCUGCAAUUCGAUUUGCCAGCACCCCAACAUCUGAAAAUGGUAACACUGCACGACAGUGAGUUGGAUGACAAUGACCAAAGGGAAACACAAAAAGGAGCAUUAGUUGAGAGUGCCAAAUGUUGUCAAUCUGUGUGCUCAGAGUUGCCACUUCACAUUGUUUGGCCUCACAGAUGGGAACAUGAUAAAGAUCCUGACACAUUUUUUUCAGUUAUUUGUGAUCUAAAAGCUGCUGGUUUUCAGUUUGUUGUGUCCGUGAUUGGUCAGGUCUUCAAUGAAGUUCCAGAAAUGUUUGAAAGGGCACAGAGUGAAUUACGAGAACACAUUCUCAAUUGGGGUUAUGUGUCUGACAGAGAUGAUUAUUUAAGAGUGUUGAAAAGUGGAGAUGUGGUUGUCUCAACAGCAGCACAUGAGUUUUUUGGUGUAGCCAUGCUUGAAGCUGUCUAUUGUGGAUGUUAUCCUCUUUGUCCUAAUCGCCUGGUUUAUCCUGAAAUAUUUUCCAAAGAACAUCUUUAUUCAACACCAAAUCAACUGCUGAAGAGACUUAAGAGGUUGUGCCAAAAUCCUCAAGCUUUGAGAAAAGAGGGCAAAUGCUUUAUUGAUCUAAAACCAUAUUUGUGGAGCACCCUUAAGGAAGAGUAUGUCCAAAUUUUACUACCUGAAGACCCCAGUUUCAAAUGAGAUUCUGUUGUACGAUGAGCAUUGUGAUGACACACUGUUGUGAAACUGCAUAAAUUA